AUGAUCUGCGACAGUCUCAAAACAGUGGAGCAGAAGAAAGGCAAAGAAAAAGCCCUCACAUGCGGAGCAGCCCCUGACAGGAAGCCGCCCAUCUGUGGCCAAACAGCUGGGGGCCAGACGCGCCGGACAGUGGGGGCCGCCGGGAGUUUGCUGGGCUGGAACACUUCACUGUCACAAGGAAUCUCCACUGAUCACCUUUUACGCCGCCUUAAACGAGGCACUUUAGGCCGAAACGGGACGAUUAACCUCCACGACUCCGUGAAGCUGAUCAAGUUCGCGGACGACACCACCCUCAUUGGACUCAUCUCCAACAACGAUGAGUCCGCCUACAGGAGGGAGGUGGACCGGCUGGUGUCCUGGUGCAGUGGUAACAACCUGGAGCUGAACGCCCAGAAGACAGUGGAGAUGAUUGUGGACUUCAGGAAGAGCACUGUCCCCCCACCCCCACCCUCCGUGAUGGACUCCCCCAUCACCUCUGUGGAGUCCUUCCGUUUCCUGGGCACCACCAUCACCCAGGACCUCAAGUGGGAGCCGACCAUCAGCUCCCUCAUCAAGAAGGCCCAGCAGAGGAUGUACUUCCUGCGGCAGCUCAGGAAAGCCAAGCUGCCUGCACCGAUGUUGGUGCAGUUCUACACGGCCAUCAUCGAGUCCAUCCUCACCUCCUCAGUCACCGUGUGGUUCGCUGGAGCCACAGUCAGGGACAAACAGAGACUACAGCGCAUUGUGCGCUCUGCAGAGGAAGUGAUCGGCCGCAGCCUUCCAUCGCUGCAGGACCUUGCGGUGCAUUGUCUGGUGGUGAUCUCACAUUACCCUAUCAUCCCCCUCUCAUCCCCUCUGCACUCCACGUCCCUCGCCCUGACCCUAAACACGUCCAAAACACACCACUCCACGACUUCAAACGCAUCACAAGUCUCUCCCCCGUUCUCAAACCCGCACACAAUCCACCGAAACCCGAUAUUCUCGCGGAUGAUGUUAUGA